GCGGCGCCUACAAAUACCGGGAGCUGAAGGCUGGGGGAGGAUCUUCUACCUUCUCGCUCUCCUCAAAACCGAUGGCUCCCCGCUAGGGAGCCACUGAGGGCUGUGGGAAAGAUACCCGGUGGUGACUCCAUCAUAUCCUGCCUCUGUCCUUUUGCUGCAUCGUCGAGGACAUCCACUUUAGUACUAUACAGACCACAGCCCCAGAGACACCUCCCAGUUGCCCUUCCCCAUCCCUAAAUAGACCUGAUUCGGGCUAUGCUCAUCAUCACCUAAGCAGGGAAACCUGUCGAGAACGGCACAGGCGUGUGGGAGGGCCUUAUUCCUUCUGGCAAGGGUCUGACACACCCUUCCCAGCCCCCUGGCUUGGGGUCUUGCUCCCCCAGGAUGGCCGGGGGCAGCCAGCCCUGCAGCAGGCAGAUGGUGUUGGCACCAGCACUGUGUGGCUCUGCGCUGGCUGCUGGACGGCUCUCGCAUGUGUUAAAAAUAAGAAAAGCCAGCUCUUUGUUUAAUAACCCCCUCCCCAUCUCCAUGAAAGCCCAGAUGGCUUUGCCUCGCCGCGCUGACGCCGUGCACGGCACAGAUCCCCGCAGGCUGGCCAGCCCUGCCUGCAAGUGUGGCCCACGCAACCAUCGCCGGCUGGGGGGGUUAUUUUUAAUCUCAGGCCUUGCUCUGCCAACAUGCACGGCUUCUGCCACGGAGAACAGCGAAUGAGGAGCUGCGCAGCUCAGCACAGGGAGGAUAGAGCAGUGGCCAGCGCCAUGGCACGGGCUGCCUAUCACCAGCCCCAUAGUACCGACCAUGUGCCACCAGCUCCGCAACACAGGCUGUGCACCACCAGCUCCAUAAUAUGAGCUGCAUGCCGCCAGCCCACUGGCAUGAGCUGUCUGUCACCAGCCCCAUGGCAUGAGCCGUGUGCCAUUGGCACGCUGUGGCAUGGACUGCAUGCCACUCAGCCUCAUAACACGGGCUGCAGAAUGCCAGCCCCACAGCACAAGCUGUGUGACACCAGCCCUGCAGCUGUGGUGGGAGCUGGGCAGGCAGCAAUGCUGCCGUCGUCUUCAUCCCGGGGGUGCUGGCAGGGGGUGGUUUGAGCUCCUGCAAAGCACUUUCAGCACUAAACCCAAAACUUUGAUCAGCCAGUAGCACCAUCAAUGUUUAAUGCAGCAAAGCCCUGGCAGAGCUUGGAAGAUGAGCAUUUUGAGGCCAAAUUGAAGUUUCUAAUAGUAUGAUAUUCAAAUAAUUUUAAUCCGCCUGACACCUCCCCAGGUGCGUACCUGGACUGCUAAUGAGGGGCUGCCUUGGGUGGCUGCUGGCUUUGACACAAAGCAAACAAGCCCUUUGCAGAUGCCUUCAACAUAUAGAGGACUGGAGUGGUAAAUGGAGGCAAGCACAGCCAGACCUGGCACACUGUGGCCAUGUGGGGAGGAUGCUGUGAUCCCUGAAGCCAUGCAGUCUCAGCUCCCCGGGGAGCCAUGGUGCUCCCUAAUUCUGUUUUAAAGUGCCAGCGUGCACCUGCUGGAGGGGAAGGCUGGCUCAGGCUGGUAUGAAACACUUGCAUGGCUGGACGAUGGGCAUUUGGGGAGCUUCAGCUGCCAUCUCUGUGUGUGGCAUGUGCCAUGGGUGCAGCAGGUGCUGUCGGUGCAGCAAGUGCAGCAGAUACAGAGCUCAGCUGGCAGCCUGCCUGGCCUUGACAAAAGUUCCUCAUACUGUGUUUGUCCAUCCAACCCCACAUGAAUUUGAGCCAGGGUGGCUCCCACUGCCUGCACUGGGCUGUUCCUCAAAUCCCCAUCACAUCACUCUGUGUCAGUGCCAGCCUUGAGCUUUUCCAUCCAUCCAUCCAUCCAUCCCUCCCUCCCUCCCAACCCAUCCAUCCCUCCCAUCCCAUCUCAGGAAGCUCAUGCAGCGAGUAAGUAAUUUUUACUGUGCUCUCAGUGCAGUUCUCCUGACCCAUGCCAGCUGCUUUGGGAAAUUAAUUUAUUCCCGCCACUAUUGCAUCUGGUUAAUUUAAACCCCAGACAAGAGGAUGGUGGCAAAAGUGUGUGAUUUGGCACAGGCUUUGGAGGCCCCCCAAAAAAACCUCCCCUUGAGGGAAAAUAAGCCCAUGCAGUUGCUUUUUUGGCUCUGGGAGUGCAGACCUCUCAGCUGUCUAGGAUCAGCCCUGAUUGAGAUCAUCUGUACAAUGAAAGUGGGGUUUCACCAAGCCGUGGGGACAGUCACCACCCUCUCCAGUGCUGAUGACUGUCCCUACACCUCACCCUCACAGCAGCAGGAGUGAGGCUGUUCCAGCCUGAUCUAUUAACAUGCUGUUAAGGCAGAGGAGUUCAUUUUUGCCAUUUAACGUUUCACGGAUAAUUAAUAAUUCUUCAUCUCCCCAGAAAAAAAGGAAGAGCAGGUAAAGGGGCUGUUCAAAGCACAAAAAAGCAGACUGGAACCUGAGGAAAUCAGUGAAUUAUUUGUAACAUCAAAGGCAAGGGAGGCUGUGCUGAUUUAACGGGACACUGCAUGCUGCAGAGCCCCAGGCUUCACGGCGAUGCUGAGACCGACACGCACUCAUUGCAUAAGUGGUCCUGGGCAGCAGCAUGGAUGAAGGACUCCGGAGGGGAGCCUAGCCUCCACCUCCACUCUCUAUCCUCCUCCUCCUCCUCUCACCUCCCCAUCACUGCAUACUGCCGGUUCUCCCUUUGCACAGUGCCAGGGUGUCCCUGCAACCUAUGUGGGCACCAUGGUUUAGGCUGGAAAUCCCCCAUUCCGCCAGCCUGGCAUGGGCCUCCCAUGCUCCCCAGAGCUUCAUCCAUCACCGGAGGCGAGCAGCAAAAUAAAUAAUGAUAUUUAACAUUUUGUAAUAGCGACAAUUAACCAGUAAAUAAUGCUUUUUACACCACAAAAGGCAGAGCAAAUUAAUUCCCCUAAUUAGCUGUCAGGCAACACAGGGCAGUGGCAGCAGUGGGCAAAACUGGCAGCCCCUGCUUGCAUUAUUCCCCUGCCCCGAGGCACCGUUGAGUGUCCUCAGACCCCAAAAAUCUCACCCCAAAAUUUUGCAGGCUUGCAAAAGACUCCACCGCCACCAGGAUGUAUCCAUGCUGCAUCUUGGUUGCUCUGGCAAGCUCUAAAUCACACUUAUCUCCUGUUAACAAAAAUAGCAGCAACAACAAAGGAUGGCACCAAAACAGUUUAUGGCCAUAAUAAAUUGUGCCAGAGGGGAAAAAUAAACAGCCCUGUUUGCCUUGAAGCAGGUGGAGGUUUCCCAUCAGCACACAAGUGGAAGUGUUACCCAGACCUGUGUCCUGCUCUAGCCAAAGCUGGCAGUGCCCAGUGGGCAGGAAAAGAGGGAUACAUUUGAAACAAUUUUCUGCCAUGCUUAUCCCACCCACUCACUCCAGUAUCACUGGUGGUGCCAUGGGGCUGAGGGAAGGUGGUGGGAGGAUGAAGGGUUGAGGGGCUGGUGUAGGUGGACCCUGUGCUCUGCUGGGGCCAGGGCAUGGGGAAGAUGACAUGUGGCAUGUGCCACCUACCAAGAAGGGAAGGAGGGGUCAAUCCACCUGCACUGCUGGCUGUGCCACUGCUGCAGGAUGAGCUGCCUUCCCCGUGUGGACUGGGUACCAGUGUUAGUGAGGUAACGGGGAUGGUCCUGCCUGGCCAGUCCUAAGGAACAGAAACUCUCACAUGUUCCAGCCAACAUAUUGGGGGCUGGAAGGCUGCCAGUGCUCUGCCACCCACUUGACUAGGCUGGACUCUGCCCUGUCCCUCCCCUUGGCUUGCCUCCUGGCUCCCAGUUGCCCAUAGGAACAGCACGAGGACAGACAUGGCUGCCCUGAGCCAGCGCAUUCAGGCUGCCUAUGAUGCCAUCGUCAUCGGGGCCGGCAUCCAGGGCUCCUUCAGUGCCUACCACCUGGCCCAACGCCACCGGAACACCCUCUUGCUGGAGCAGUUCAUCUUGCCCCACUCACGGGGCAGCUCUCAUGGGCAGAGCCGCAUCAUCCGCAGCACCUAUGCCAAGGCAGUUUAUGCCCGCAUGAUGCCCGAGAGCUUCCGCCUCUGGCAGCAGCUGGAGACUGAGGCCAGCACCAGCCUCUACAGGCAGACAGGGCUGGUGGUGCUGGGACCAGCGGGUGACCCAUCGCUGGAGAGCUGCCGGCGCAGCCUGGAUGAUGGUGAUGCCACGGUCAUCCUCGAUGCCACGACACUGGCCCAGCGCUUCCCUGGCCUCCGGACCCACGCUGGUGAGGUGGCCCUGUGGGAUGGCACCGGCGGAGUGCUGUUCGCUGACCGGGCACUGCGGGCGGUGCAGGACGUCUUCCGCCGGCACGGGGGCACCCUGCGGGAUGGGGAGAAGGUGCUGCGCAUUGAACCUGGGACGAUGGUCACUGUCACCACCUCCGGUGGGGUGUAUCAGGCGCCCCGGCUCAUCAUUGCAGCUGGAGCUUGGACGGGUGCCCUCGUGGCACCCCUGGGUCUCCGCCUGCCACUGCAGCCGCUGCGCAUUGAUGUCUGCUACUGGAGGAAGAAGGAGCCGGGGAGCCCUGACAUGGGCAGAGACAGUCCCUGCUUCAUCACCGCGGGGCUGAGACAACCUCCCCACAGUGUCUACGGGCUGCCAGCCCUCGAGUACCCAGGGCUGGUCAAGGUGUGCUACCACUAUGGCAGCCCUACUGACCCUGAUGAGCGAGACCGGGCCCCCCCAGGUGCCCCUCGUCCCAGUAUUGCCCUCCUGAGCAGAUUCAUCAGCAGCUACCUGCCUGGGCUGGAGACAGAGCCGGCAGUGGUGGAGACUUGCCUCUACACGAACACCCCAGAUGAAGACUUCAUCUUAGACCGGCACCCCCAGUACAGCAACAUCAUCAUCGGGGCUGGAUUCUCAGGCCAUGGGUUCAAGCUGGCACCAGUGGUGGGUAAGCUGCUGUGUGAGUUGAGCCUGAGUGAGGAGCCGUCCCACAGCAUGGCCCCCUUUGCCAUCGCCCGCUUCCCUAACGUGCUUCAGGCUGCACUGUAGGUGCAGAGUCCUGGCCAUGCCUAUGUGGCCUUGCACUGGCCUGCAGCUAUGUCCCUACAUCCUGAUGUCAAGUGUGCUAACAUUCCUGCAUCUCCUCAUCCCUAUAUAUCUCCACCUCCCUGCAUCCUGGUGUCUCACACAUUAUGCACUCCAGCAGCCCUCCACUCACUGCAGCCCAGCUACCCUGCACUCCUACAUCCUCAAUCCCAGCAUCUUGGCACCCCUCUCAUCCCGGCACUCCUCUCAUCCCAGCAGCUCUCCAUCCGUGCACCUCAGCAUUCCACCAUCCCCACAUCUUAGCACUCUCUGCAUCCCCAUACCUGUGCAUUCUGACGACCCAGCAUUCCUACAUCCCAGUGCCCCUGCAUCCCCAUAUCCCAGCAUCCUGAUACCCUGCAUUCCCACAUCCCUGCAUCCUGACAUCCCCCAUGCCAAGCUGUCUCUGCUGAGCACCCACUCCACGGAAAAAAAUUAAGGAGCUCUGUCAGCCUCAUGAAGAUGGAGCUGGAACAGCGCGGAGAGACACACUCGCUUAGGAGUCAAGUUAAAUGUUUUAAUGUUAAAUGUGCCAUUUUAUUAUCAUUAGAUCGCUCCCACUUAAUGAAA